AUGACUCGCCUCAUCAGCUUUACGUAUAUUGUAUGGGUUGCAAGUUUAUUUUUUGCCAUUGCACAGGCAGCCAAGGUGAAUGGUGUAAUUAGCACAAAUGGCAUCUUGCCAGAUGUCAGCCUCCUCUCUCCAUCAACACGUGUUACACUUAAUGGAGCAGCUUAUACUACUUUGAUCAAAAAGAAUGGAGAGUUUGAAUUCCUUGACAUCGUACCUGGAUCAUACCUCUUGGAAAUUCGAUCGAUCGACUACAUCUUCCCAAAGUUGCGUGUGGACGUAACAGAAGACGGAGACGUGGUUGGUGCUUAUACAGGAAGCGGGCACAACUGGGCUUCGACUGGACUACAUAUUGAUCAUCCUUUCGAAUUAAGAGCCAAACUUGAAGCUGAAUACUUUGUUAAAAAGCAAGGGUUUAAUUUACUGGGUAUGUUCAAGAACCCAAUGUUCUUGAUGCUUGGAUUCAGUGGUAUUGCUAUGUUUAUUCUACCCAUGAUGAUGAAGAACCUCGAUCCUGAGGCUAUGAAAGAGAUCAAUGCUUCUCAAUCCGAGGCACAGAAGAUGUUGACUGAGAUGCCCAGUAUUUCAAAGAUGUUUAAUAGCUCUUAAUAUAUAGGCAUGUAUGUUUUGGUCUGGGGGUUAUCUACCACCGUCUUUUAGAGUUGUAACCGAAACCUUGUUUGACUAUAGCCUUUUUUAUAACAAAUAAUAAAAAAAUAAAACAAAAUUUCUCAUCUCGUCCGUGCGGGAGGGUGUGUAUCUUCUCACGGCGGAGUAUGACAU